AUGCCAACAGCCCUCAUAACCCGAGCCGGAGUCGAAUAUGACCACCGAGAAUUUUGGGUCAGUGUUCUUCUCAUGUCUGAAGCAGGCACGGCUCUGCUGAUGUGUCCCAUAUUCGGCUACCUGGUCGACCGCGGACGGACACGUCGAGUGCCUUUCAUCGGUGCCCUAGUCAUAUUAACUGGCUGCAUGUUGGUCUUGCAGCUGGCGCAUUCCAUCGCAGCAUUUGUCGCGGCCCGUGUACUCCAAGGCAUCGCAGCCGCUUUAGUAGUAGUAGCGUCAUUCGCUCUCAUCGGUGACGCUGUGGCCCAGGAACGUCUCGGUCAAACGAUAGGGUAUCUUGGCUCCGCAAUUGCAUCGGGCUUCUUGCUAGGUCCGUUCCUCGGUGGCGUGGUGUAUAAUUCCGGAGGGUACAAUGCCGUGUUCUGGUUUGCAUAUCCUAUUAUUGCGCUUGAUAUGGUUAUGCGGCUGGUUCUGAUCGAGAAGAAGGUCGCUGCUAAAUGGAUCGGAGAAUCGAAUGGGGAUUUGGAGUCGGAUCUGGAUACCGCACAGCGUAUUCCUUCUGUCGGGUCUCGCGAACCACAGGUCGUUCAGAGAAGGAAGGGGUUCGUCAUCUUCCAGAUGCUCAAAGAGCGCCGAGUGUUGAUCUCUUCAUGGGCGCUUCUUGCCCAGGGAAUAUUGCUUUCUGCGUUUGAUGCGACACUCCCCAUAUUCGUUGAAACGACGUUUGGUUGGAACGCCCUCGGCAUGGGGCUAAUAUUCCUCCCAAUGGCCGUCCCAGCCUUCUUCGAGCCGCUGUUCGGCAGCUUCACCGAUAGGUUCGGUGCCCGCUUCGUAGCCUUCGGCUGUUUCGUUUUGCUCUCGCCCACUCUCAUCUGCCUCCGCUUUGUCCAGACGAAGUCGAACGAACAGAUUGCUCUGUUAGUAUCAUUACUCUUUCUUAUCGGGAUAUUCCUCCACGCCUGUGCGCCUGCUAUGUACGUUGAGACACAGCUCGCGCUCACAGCGAUGGAACUCAAGAAUCCAGGAAUUCUUGGACCCAAGGGUGCUGUGGCGCAGGGAUUUGGAUUGCAGAGCAUGUGCCAAUUUGCGGGAGUGUUCUUUGGACCGCUUUGGGGUGGUUUUGUCGAGUAUCAUUUUGGAUGGGGCGCUAUGACGGGCACUUUAGGGGUCUUAGUAGCGCUCACUGCACUUCCGAUGUUGUGGUUGGGAGAAAGUGAAGAGGAAAGGGCUUUAAUGAGUUAA